CCAGCCUUGCACCACACCUACAGCGACGACAACGACGAGAACGACCGGAACGACUGCAACGGCGACAACGAGCCAUACACAUCACCAGUAUCGUCACCGUCACGACAGCAAGCGCACCGCGAAACCCACGCAAUCUUGGCCUCACUCAACCUUGACGGCGCCAACGGUGCCACCAACCCCAGUCAUGACCGAACUCGACUGGAUGCACUUUACUGCACCUCAGACUCGGCGCAAACGUGCAGAGCUAGUCUGUAUUGCCUGUCAUUCCAAGAAGACCAAAUGUGAUCUCCAAAAUAGGACAAACCUUGGUCACCAAAACUGUACGACUUGUAGCACUCAAAAUCGAGAAUGUUGUGUUCGUCCAACUAGGCGCGAAAAGCGCCAAAAGGUGCCGGCCCGAAUCACAGAACCUUCACCUACUUCCAACGUCAUGCAGACACCCGAGAGUAUCCGACACGGUCACUCUAUAUCCCAGCAAGUUGAAACUUCAACUCAUAUCUCCAACCCCGAAAUGGGAGCGCCAAAUGGCCCCUCCCCUACAGCAAUCAGCAAUUCCGCAGCCAAACGAUUUCAAGACUCAGUCCACCAACAACAGAACCAAGAUCUACCAGGUCUCUCAGAUGAUUUCCACCAACAGCGGAACGAUUCACUAGGUCAUCAAGCCAACUUCCCAGCUGCCCCUCAGUCUCAAGCAAGCAACGAGCAUACGGAGACUGGGGAGGCACACACGGGUGAUGUAGACACCGGAUUUCUACAAAUAUAUGAUCUUGAGCAUCGACGGUUAGCUGAGAGUCACGCUCUUGUUUCAAUAUUAGAACAAAAGGAAGUCGCAGAGCCUCUGCAGCUGGAUCUCCAGCAAAGCUUCAUCGAAACUUACUUUGAAUAUUGCUAUCCCUUUUGUCCCAUAUUAUGCCGAGAAACUCUCCAGAACGACCUAACUCGGUCUCCUCUGCUCGCAAAUGCACUUGCUGCUGCCGCGAGUAAUAUUCAACCUCCAUUAAUUCCGCACGAGGGUUCCGCUGCAUACUACAAGACGGCUCGAUCGCUGUUCUAUAAUGAUGAGGAGGCCGACGGCAUGACUUCUUUGAAAGCUAUAGCAUUAUUCUAUUGGUGGGCUCCUAUCGGGACGACGAUAGUUCAUAGGCAUUCGUCGUGGUGGUGGACGUCGGUUCUCAUACGACAUGCUCAACAGAUGAAUUUUCAUCGCGAACGUAGUCUUGAUCUCUAUCGGGGGGAUAAUCUAGACUUUAGUCUGCGUCGCAGGAUCUGGUGGACUGCUUUUGCUCGAGAGCGCCUAACGGCAUUAUGCCAAAGUAAGCCCUGCAUCAUAGAUCCAGACGACUGCAACAUUUCAGAGCCAACACUUGCCGACUUUCCAAGCAACCCACAGGACCAGGCUAAGGGCGAGAUCUUUAUAUAUUGGGUCCGUCUAUGUGCCAUCAUUGGUCGUGUAGCCAAGGUUCUCUUACGCUCUGCCGCCGAUGAGUCGGCGCCAUCACCCCCUUUCCCAUUUCAUCUACGGCAGGAGCUUAUCGAAUGGGUUCAUUCUCUCCCUCCCCACCUCCAGCUUCCCAUAAGCUCAGCGCGCACAGAGAACUUCAAUCGGAACGUGCAUCAAUUGCACCUCCCAUAUCUCACAGUGAUUACCAUUCUACAUCUCAAGCGAUCAGCUCAUUCUUUACCACAAGCUCUACCGCCGGCAAUUAUGGCGGCAUCUUGCAUCGCACGCAUACUUCGGGAUAUAUUAUCGCGAGGCAGUGCACGAUUUCUCAUGGCUAUUACGUGCUGGUACAGUGGAACGGCAUUUAUUGCUCUACUGCAAGCAUGCCAUGUCGAUCACCUCUCCCGGGACGCUAAUAGAGAUCUAGACACUCUUGUGCAAACCGUCAAGCAGCUCCAAACAAUGUGGGCAUCAGCAAACGUCCUUGUUGAUGGUUUCGAUCGCCUCAGGAACCAGAGCAGCACCACUACUACCUCGGCCACUGCCGUUUAUAAACCGAGGAUGACAACGAAUGACCAUCCUCUCUCACCCGACAAUGAUCUCGGCACCCCCAGCGCGCCAAGAAUAUUAUCAGCACAGGUUGAUCAACAAGGCAUGGGUAUGCCAGACGACGAUGAUUUUGACUGGAUGGCAUUCUUUCCAUUCGUGACGAGCGCAACCAACGGAAUAGCGGAGAAGCUCCUCUCGGAACGAGCCAAUGGAAGUGCCACGAGAGGAUUUCCGUCGCCUAGUAAUGAGUUAUUUCACGAGAACAUCAUGAUGCAGUAUCAGGAUCUUUUUGACCCGUUCUUGCAAAAUUACUCGUGGGCUCCUGGACCUGAGUGAUCUUCUAAAAGAUUGCAUAUGACCCAUGCGAAGCGAGAGGAACGAUGAGUAUUGUACUGAUAAUUGUAGCAAUUGGGUGUUAUGGUUAUAUACACAGGUGUUAUAGGCCUUGACUAUAGGUCUUUUGCAAAGUCUCUAGACAGAUGCCAAGGAAUUACGAGCAGACGCUCAUCAUAUAUAUGGCGAUGCCCACUUCAACGAUGCUUUUUAUAAUGAAUCGCGAGCUGAAGUAUUUGGCGAAUGGGUUGAUAUUAUAAUUCAAUAGCUUCUAAAAUAAAGCUUAACUACCAAUUGCCCUUUAACUCAUACUAAAUUAUUGAUUAUUGAAAAUACUCAAAACCAGCCUCCUA